AUGCUUUUCACCUUGGCACGCUAUUAUUUGAAGUAAUUCUAACUCAGACUUUUAGCUGCUUUUUUCUUCCAAGAAGUAGAAACAGUUGGGCGGCACUUGACUCCUUCGACUGGGCCUGUUAUUUUGUGUGGAAACCACUCAAAUCAAUUUGUGGACCCAGUCUUGAUCAUUAGCCAAUGCAAAAGACAACCAUCGUUCCUGAUGGCUGCCAGUGUAAGAUUUAUUUAGUCAAUGAAAAAGAAAGUUGUAGGGUCGCUUGCCAGACUGUUCCAUGUAAUCCCUGUGAAAAGGCCUCAAGAUUAUGUUACAAAAGGGACUGGAACAAUUACUUAUGAUGACGAUCUUAAAAGAAUCAUAGGAACUGGGACCAAAUUUGUGACUGAAGUGCACCCAGGGGACGCCCUUAAGUGUGAAAAAGUCAUGAUCACUGUAAAAUCUGUUGAAAACGACACUGUUGUUGUCCCUAUGGGUCCAGCUAUAGGGAUUAAAGACAUGCAGUUUAAGAUCAUGCCUAAAAUAGACCAGCAUGAUAUAUAUGAAGCUGUGCAGACUGAGCUCAGAAAAGGAGGGUGCAUUGGGAUAUUCCCAGAAGGAGGCUCCCAUGACAGGCCAAAUUUAUUGCCACUAAAGGCUGGAGUAUGUUUAAUGGCAUUAGGAGCCAUGUCAAGGUAUAAUAUCACAGUCACAAUUCAAUGUGUUGGCUUGAAUUAUAUCUUAUUAAUUUAUUAAUAGAUAUAGGAAUUGCCCGAGGAUGGCGCUAUCUUGCGCCAUCCUCGGGCAAUCCAAAAAAUGGCCCCACACCGGGAAUCGAACCCACGUGUGGGGCCAUUUUUGGUGCGUGUAAAUCGAUGUUGGCCACACACCAAAAAUGGCCCCAAACGUGGGUUCGAUUCCCGGUGUGGGGCAAUGGCUUAAUUUUUACGAAAUAUCCGAGGAUCUUCAUACAAAAGAUUCAACCAUUUGCGACUGUUUCUUCCAUCAGGGAAGGCAGAGUCUCCUCCUUGUCUUUCGGCUUCAGUAUUCAGUGGGCAGCCUUCGGAAUUGUGCAGCCUUGCUUGAGGCUGAAGAGUAGGGAACAAGAGUUGUCCAUACAAAAAUUCUAAAAAAUGGAAUUUCUGGUCAACUCUCGGCAAAAAGGGAAAGCACGUAGCUCAGGGUGUAACUCCUGAAUUCACGCUGAUGAAGUGCAUGAUUGGUCUAGUCAAUGCUGGUGACCCCUUUCCAACUCUGUGUCACCCUUCCCUUGAUCCUUGAAAGCGGACUUGGGCUAGGCUCUGAUAUAUAAAGAAUUGCUAACCUAGUAUUGCUGUCCAUUUCUGGGAUGGGCCAAAGCUAACCGGAUAUAGUUAAUUAUGUGUUUGAAAGAAGUCGGCGUAUCCAACUGUGAAGCGCUGAGACUCCAUAUUUAAUUACAUGUCUUGGAUUAUUAUCAAGGGCACAGAUUCAGAUCUAAAGCAGUCGUCAAUUUUGGAGUUCCUUAUGCGAUUCCUAGAGAGCUUGCAUCGCUCUAUUUGCGAGAUCGCAAAAGGGCUGUAGAAAUCUUACUAAAACAAAUUGAAAAUGUAAAAGAUAUUUAGAGACUUGGAGAAGUUUGGGUCACAGCGCCGACUUAUGAUGAGCUUUCUCAUGUAUUUAUGGCAAGAAGAGUUUACAAGCCUGACCAUCUUAGAGAAAACCCAGCUUUAGAUAUGGAAAUGAAUAUAAAAUUUGCAAAAGGAUAUAAAGAGCUAAAAGAAAAGUACUCAGAUUUGCCUGACUUUAAGAAUCUAGUGCAAAUUGUUGAAGCUUAUUCAAAUAAUUUGAAGAAAAUUGGGCUGCAAGAUUACCAGUUAAGGCUGUCGAAUUUCUCUAAAGUAAAGAGAGAUUAGAUUAGAGGGAUCGCUAAGGAUUACAGCCCCUGCUCUUACACGGAUUAGCUUCGCGCUCCAAUAACGUUAAGCACUAAUCCCAGCUUACGCAAUUUUCUGUCGACGUCAUCAAAAAUGGUGACGUCGACAUCUUUCGGGGAAGAUUCACCUGAGCCUGCUUAGACCAAAAAUUGCAGGAAAGGACUCUCUUCGCUCCUAGUAGUGCCAGAGUACAAGAGAAUCGUCCAAAUCUCCUUCUGGAACUAUCAUUUACAGGCAGCAUAAUGCUCCUCAAGAAGUGCCCUAUUGGUGUUGCAUCGUCGGACUUCUCGUCUGAGGGUCGUGGAAUAGUCCCAUUUAGCCAAGCCCGCUUCCCACCCCUCAAUUCUUACGAUUUUGUCGCUCCUACAGCAGAGGUUCCACCAUCUGCCAUGAUGGUGGGAAUUUUCUAAAGUAAAGAUGAUUGCUUAUACUUUGAUAACCUUGAUAAGGAUUUUGGGUGGACUAACAAUUUCUCUUCCUGGGUGGGUAAUUGCAGGACUUAUGGGUGCAAUUUUGAACUAUAUUGCAGAAAAAGAAAGAAAAAAAGCUUUGAUGUCUUCUUCAGUCAAGUUAAAUGCAAGUGAUACAGUUGCGUCAACGAAAAUAGUAUAUGGGAUGGUUCUCAUGUUUCUUUUCACACUUUUCCUUCAGAUUGUUGCUUUUAUUUACACCUAUUGUAAAAUUUAUGUAGAUUUAUAUGGAUCAUUUUGGACUUCUCUAGAGUAUCUCGCUAUUACUGGCGUUGCAUGGCCAAUUUAUAUGUACCUAGCUAUUAUACUUUCAGAUAGAGCUUUUAGCAGCUUUGGGAGGCUUUAUUCAAGGGCUCUCAGUAUUUGUAGUCCGAGGGAAAUUGAGAAUCUUAAGAGUCAAAGAGCUCAGCUAAAAGAGCAUGUGGUUAAGCUAGUAAAUGAGCAUGGUCCUAAGAUAUUCCCAGGAUUGCAGCCAGGGGAUUUGUUUAAGGAGAAGGCCAAUGAUCUGGAUGAUAUGCUGAAUGGAGCUUUUAAUUUAUUGAAUGAAAUUGGACUCUAA